GUCAAACCAUUUUUUUUUCUGCUCAGCCACAAUAUUUGCAGACAUGCUGAUAGAGCUGCAUUCUUUCAGCCUGCCAUCCCAUUCAUUUGUUUCUUUUUUUGUGUUGGGGAACUAGAGGAGUUCUUCCCCACCUACAUCCCCAGAAAACAAAAAAAAAAAGAAAAAUUGGUAGCUCUCACCACCUCCUUCCUCCACCCUCACAGAUGCAGACAGAGUGUUUUACGAGCCAGGAUCAUUCCAGCUCAACUUCUGUGUCAGACCUGAGUGAGGGCUUUCUGUGAGUGGACACCCAGCUACACAGGCUCUGCUGUGGGAAUCUGGUGCAUUGCAACGCUGCUUCCUGUACUGCGAAGAAGUGUUUCUCAGAACUGCUCCGUGACAGGAAAGGGGUGCAUGUACAGACACUGGAUAUAUAGAAUGAGAAAUCCAGUUUGUGAAGCCGUUAAGCCACAAGUCUGUCUCGCUCACACACACAUUCCUGCUGUAGUCAUCUCUAUUCAUUAAGUCUCAUCUCUUAAAGUUCACUGUUUUUAUUCAAAACAAAAAGUUGACUUACAGUAAGUUGAUUUAAACCGUAGGAAGACUGUCUCAGUGCUAUGCAAUCUGUAGAUGGGUGAGAUUUGGGAGAUAUUUAUUGCUUUAAAUGGGGAAUGAUUUAUCUGCUGCUGCUGAAGUUCUACAGGAUUUACAGGCUGCCUGUUAACACUCAGCGUAGGCUGUGGACCUUAACUCUGGGGCCCCUAUAGCUGGAGCUGGUGUGGAGCUGAGAGCAGCUGAUUAGUUCAGGUCACAAGUUCUGCAUGUGUGUGUGUGAGUGAGAGAGAGAUAAAGAAUAAUUUAUUGAUCUCAAACAGAAAUUGGUGAAAAGCCAGCGUGAGAGACGAAAACACAAACACAGCUGGUGAUGAUGAUGAUGCUGCUCAGAUUAUCAGUAUAAGGAAAGACCAGUCCUCCACAGAUGUCUCCGGUCCUGCGGACAAAACAUGACACGGUUUCACACUGCUUGCAGGGAGGGAAGGAGGGAGAAUCACACCAUGAAACAGGUGGUCGCAUCUUUGCUGUCAGUUCUUACUGUACGAAGCAGGACAAACAUUACAUAAGAACACAAGACUGUCCUGCUGUCUGCUGGCGUGGCGGCGGUGCGAAGGAUUUGUUUGGAUUAUGUUAUUUCUUGGCGUGCAUUGAUCUAACGUCACAUUGACUGAUUUGAUGUUAGACUGUUGUGUUAAUUAAUACUUAACACAAAGUGAUUAUGGGUCGCUCUGAAAGGAAAUCAUUUGAUUUACCACCAACACCUUAGACAAUAUGAGGAUCUAAUAUUCUAGACGUACCCAGUACAUUAAAGCAUAUUAUACACACACCUAUAUUAUACAUUCAUACGCACAUAUUAUACACACAUAUUAUACACAUAUAGGUCUCCUGCCUGUUGUUGUCUGCUUGGUGCUUGUUGCUGUGUUUGUUACUCAGACUUACGAUCCUCUGGUUUCCAUCACCGCUGUUCCUGUCUUUUAUUGUUUUGUUUAGGUCUCAGGUUGUUUCAGUACAAAGGACUUAGAUUUCUGUUUUAGUGAUUAGGAAUGUCUGUUAAUGGUUUUUCUCUUCAGUUUUGUUAGUUAUCUUCAUUACUCUGUUUGGGUUCCCUAUUUGUGUCUCAUUGCCUUUCAUUUCAUUUAAUAACUUAUUUGUGUUUGGGUUUUCCAUUUUGUCAGUCAGGUUGGCCACUGGCUCAGAGUUGAGCAGGCCCAGUACUCUUUCUUGUUAAUUCCUAGUAAAGCAUUCCAGUCAGUCUGUCGGCCAUUAACAGCCGCCCUUCUUUGUAAUUUGUAACAUGUGUGGGCUGUGCACUCGAAGCCCUCUCUCCACCAGCUCAGAUGGUUUAGUUCUCUUCAUGCAAAGCAAAUCUGUUGUAAGUCCAGUCAAUAUUCAAGAUUCAAGAUUCAGAAGAUUCUAAAAUCUUUCUGUGGAGCACUUAAUACUGAUCAGCCUCUGGUUGAAGGUGCUCCUCUGUCCAGCCAGCACACUGUGCAGGGGUGGGACUUGUCUGGGAUAUCGAGGAAUCAACACAAUUUUUUAAAAUCAUUUGAAGUUUUGUUAUGACUCACACAGAGAAAUAAGGCCCACAUAUGUUGGUAAAUCAGUGAAUAUGCUGACACUGCUGUAGUUAAUGACUAGAUGGUGACAGCUGAAAAGGAAACAUCUGCCCAUGAGGUCAUAGAAAGGAAAAGAAGGAUUAAUAAAAAAUCAUCUUCCAAUGUUAUCUUCGUUGACGUUAUCCCUCAGCUGCUGCAUUGACUUUCUAUUACAACUGUCAGCUUCUCUACAGCUUCAUUAGCAUUUAUGGUCUGAGGGCUACAGUAAAUAAGGUACAGUAGUACUACUACUGCCAGACUACCCGGAGCGUCAAGGGCGUCUUAUCGAUUCCUUAUCAUUGAAACAGUCCACCGCUACCUGGUUUAUGUGGCAACUCUUGAUCUUUGUUCUGAUGAAACAGUUCUGAUUGUGAUGAACUGAUCUCCUGCACAGUUGCAGUUGUGAAGUCCCACAAACAGCCGAGUACCUGGGUAAAACACAGUAGGUUUUAGGGAGAGAUGAAAAAUAAAAUAUUGCUACCGCAAGACAUCAGUAAACCACAGUAAUAACCCUCAUAUUGGAACAGUGUCCAGUUUGUUGAUGUUUAUGUACUUUGCAGCUGUUUAGGCUUUCCAUAUUUCCACUUACUGUCAGGUUUCAUGUAAAUGUCUCCUUUGCCAUGUUAAUAGCUCAACUAUUAGGAGGGGGAGGCACCUGCUGUCGUGGACACAGACUGGGAUCACUCUCACGCUGAGCUCCUGAAUCAAGCAUGGGGAAAGUCUACUACAUCAGCAAAAACGUCGGCUUCGGGCUGCUGGUUCUGGCCGGCAUCGCUCUGGUUACGAUCAUAGCGCUGUCCAUCGCCUACGAUAAGGAGAAGGCCAAGAACCAGGGCAGUGGUGGAGACGAGGGCGCGGACGGCACGGGCACGCCCUCGCCCACCACCACUCCGCUGACCCCGGAGCAGCCUUGGGACCGCUACAGGCUCCCGGGCUCCCUCGCCCCCGUCUUCUACGACGUGACCCUGUGGCCCCGGCUGACGCCCGACGCAAACGGCCUGUACGUCUUCACGGGGAACUCGACGGUGGUCUUCAGAUGUGUGAAGGAGACAGACCUCAUCAUCAUUCACUCCAGGCAGCUGAACCUCACCACCUUCGGCGGGCACCACGCUAGGCUGAGAGGCCGGGGCCGGGCCCCGGCUCCUUCUAUACAGAGGUCCUGGUUUGUGGCAAAGACCGAGUACCUGGUUCUUCAGCUGAGCAGCAGCCUCGCUGGAGGAGCCACGUAUGAGCUCUACACGGAAUUCCGGGGCGAGCUGGCAGACGACCUGGAAGGCUUCUACCGGAGUGAAUACAGUGAGGAUGGUGUGACGAAAGUUGUUGCUACCUCACAGAUGCAAGCGACGUACGCCAGGAAAACCUUCCCCUGCUUUGACGAGCCGGCCAUGAAGGCUGUCUUCAAUGUCAUCCUCAUCCACAGUCGAGACACGGUGGCUUUGUCCAACGGGAUGGAAAUCGACUCUGCAGACGCUGUCAUCGAAGGCGCCCUCGUCAGAGUAACUACGUUUGAGCCCACGAAGAGGAUGUCCACGUAUCUGCUGGCAUUUAUAGUCAGCUACUUCGUCAGCAUUCAGUCAAACCACAACAACCUGUUGAUCAGGAUCUGGGCCAGGAAAAAGGCCAUAGACGACAGACAGGGAGACUACGCCCUCAACGUCACAGGACCCAUCCUUCAGUUCUUCGAGCGCUACUACAACGCAGCGUACCCGCUCUCCAAGUCAGAUCAGGUCGCUUUGCCCGACUUCGACGCCGGGGCCAUGGAGAACUGGGGUCUGGUCACGUACAGGGAGACGGCCCUGCUCUACGACCCCAUCUUAUCCUCCACUGGAAACAAAGAGAGGGUUAUAACCGUCAUCUCCCACGAACUUGCACACAUGUGGUUUGGCAACCUGGUGACCCUGCGGUGGUGGAACGACCUGUGGCUCAACGAGGGCUUCGCGUCGUACGUGGAGUACCUCGGCGUGGACCACGGGGAGCCCGGCUGGAACAUGGGGGACCGGUUCAUUCUGUACGAGGUGCAGAAGGUGUUCGCCGUGGACGCCCUGGCCUCAUCCCACCCGCUGAGCUGCCGGGAGGAGGAGGUCAACACGCCGGCCGAGAUCAGCGAGAUGUUCAGCACCAUCUCCUACAGCAAGGGAGCGGCGGUGAUCAAGAUGCUGUCAGAAUUCCUCACCGAGCCUGUUUUCGCCAGAGGACUCAGUUCGUACCUGAACACCUUCGCCUUUAACAACACAGUGUACACGGACCUGUGGGACCAUCUCCAACAGGCGGUUGAAAACACACCAGGUAUGAAUAUUCCAGACACCGUCCACAACAUCAUGAACCGCUGGACUCUCCAGAUGGGCUUCCCGGUCGUCACCCUCGACACCAGAACAGGAACCCUCACCCAACAGCACUUCCUGUUGGACCCAGAAUCCGUGGUGGAUCGAGCAUCUCAGUUCAACUACACGUGGUUUGUGCCCAUCAAAUGGGUAAAGACAGGCGUGGAGCAGCAGCAGCACUGGCUCCUUCACAAGUCAGACACCAACGUUCUGAUGAAAGCCACAGCAGCUGAGUGGGUGGUGCUCAACACAAACAUGUCUGGAUACUUCAGGGUGAACUACGACCCCAGCAACUGGAAUCGACUCCUUAGGGUGCUAAGCACCAACCAUAAGGCUAUAUCAGUGAUCAACAGGGCACAGAUCAUAGACGACGCAUUCAACUUAGCCAGAGCUAAGAUCAUAAGGUCAUCAACACUGGCGCUGAGAACCACUAAAUAUCUGUCCAAUGAGAGAGAAUACACUCCGUGGGAGGCCGCGAUCAGGAACCUCGACUACUACAUCCUCAUGUUCGACCGCACUGAGGUCUACGGAGCUUUACAGGCUUACCUCAAAAAGCAAAUACAGCCCCUUUUUGAGCACUUCAAGAAUAUUACAGACAACUGGUCAAAAAUACCUCCGGGACACACUGAUCAGUAUAAUCAGAUAAAUGCUAUCGGGUUGGCCUGCAACGUGGGUGUGGAGGGCUGCAUGGAUCUGAUCAAACGCUGGUACCGGCAGUGGAUGGAAAAUCCAGCCCAUAACCCGAUCGCACCCAACUUAAAGAGCACCGUUUACUGCAGGGCCAUAGCGUUUGGUGGCGUGGAGGAGUGGGAGUUCGCCUGGAGGAUGUUUAAAUACUCCACUCUGGCUUCGGAGGCCUCCCGGCUCAGGGAGGCCAUGGCCUGCACCAAAAUACCCUGGCUCCUGAACAGGUAUCUGGAGUACACCCUGGACCCGACCAAGAUCCGCAAGCAGGACGCGACCUCCACCAUCCAGAGUGUGGCGCUGAACGUGGUGGGGAUGCCGCUGGCGUGGAACUUCGUCAGGGCGAGAUGGAGUUACAUUUUCCAGCAGUAUGGAACGGGCUCAUUCUCCAUUUCUAGUCUAGUCACCGGGGUCGCGAAGCGACUGUCCACAGAGUUCGAGUUGCAGGAGUUGAAGAAAUUCAAGGAAGACAAUGUGCACGUUGGCUUUGGCUCCGCCACGUUAGCGCUGGAGCAGGCCAUCGAGAAGACCAGAGCCAACAUCAAAUGGGUGGCGGAGAACAAGGCCCUGGUGCUGCAGUGGUUGACCGACGAGUCCACGUGAGAGCGCGGAGGAAGCCCACGACAUCUGGGCUUCUUCCAGUCUGCAGUCAGCGAUGACCGAUCGGUUACAAUCACCACAAUCAUAACAAGCGCUUGUGCAUUGCAUCAGUUGAGCGGAGAUUGAUGUGAUUGUUUGAGGAUUGUGACUGAUUGCAAUAAAAACAAUGUGACUUCCAUAAGGCUUCUUUUGGUUUGAACAUGCGCUCACGCCUUUUGCGCCUCCACCCUGACAGUGCAGUUCAAGCAGCAGCGAUGCUGAUUCUAUGCUGUGCUUCCCACAGAAUAUGAUUUUAUAGUUCAGGCCUAUAAACAUAUGCAGCUUUAUCCUCAACCUGAAUCGAUCUUCUAAAUAUGUUUUUUUCUAACAAAUGACUUUUCCACUUCACUUUCAUCUUUUAUGUCAAAAUGAAUCUCUUCUACACGUUAACGUGCAGUGGUGCCACUCGCAUCAAAUCAAAGUUUAGAGGCACCGCUCUUCACGUGUAAUAGUCUGAGCUCAGAACAGUUAUGCAAUAAAAAUUGCCUUUCGUAUUUCAACUGACUGGAUCUACCGUCAUACUGUACGUAGACACUGUAUGAUUUAGUAAACAGGUUUGAAACAUAACAAUAAAUAUUAGUUUUAAAAUACACAAUAGUUAGACAUUUUCUAAAUUAUAAUAUUUGACAGUUAUUUUAGAUGUUUGUGUUUUAAUUUGAAGUUUUCUUUUUUAUAUAAUUUAUUGUUUUAUGUUGCACUGUCAUUCAGAAUGAAGGGCCUUUAGCGUUCCUGUAUGAAUCUAAUGCAUAUGUGUGUAAAUGAACCAGGAAUAAACCUGCAUCUGAACCCAAA